AUGGUUCUCGGGGAAAUGAGUUCAAAUAUGUUCAUGUAUGAACAUAUAGAAUUGUCCCUCAGUCUUUACGCUUCCGCGAUAAUGGAAUUUGAAGAAAGUAAAAAAAGUGUCAGAGAAGGAAGUGAGAGAAGAAUGAGAACACGUCAAAAAGAUAUUGAUUUUGGUAUUCAGUCUUCCUCUGAAAUAAGUAUUCUGAUGAGUCAUAGAUAG